UCCUCCUAAGAAAGCAUUUUUCUGUCGUAAUCGAAGUGGGGUGUAACAUUAGCCAUUUAAAUGAACUAUACCCCAAACUACUGGGAUGAGUCUGAGACACACCACUUGAAUAAUUUCUGCCUGGAAUUUUACUGGACUACUCCUUGACUUGACACUGGAUCACUAUCACCUGCAGUGUCAGGUCCCUGAAUACUCUUAAACAAAGCUUUUCCAUAAUGCCCAGCCAUCAGGGUGAGUUUAGACAGUGGCUGGUGUAAAACAGGAGCAUACAUCUAAAUACAUUCAUCAGAUUAGCACAGAGCAGCUGACACAUGGCGCACAGGGAUUUCAGGGACACAGGGGUCAAAGGCUCAGCGGCAGGCAGUUGUUCCGUGCCCGGGUUCGCAGUCCAGCCUCGGUUAUUGUUCCAUGUGGCCUCGGUGGGUGGACGGACGGACGGUCCAUCCUGCUGCCUGUUGUUCCGCCAUUCCGCCAAUGAGAGGCCGGCUGCCGCUCAGUCCCAGUCCAAUGAGAGCAGCGGGGUCUGGGCUCGGAUCGAGAGUUGGGUUGUUCAAUCUGAGAGAGGAGGACAACAACCAGCUUAGAGUGUACCGGAUGGAUGGAUGUUGGCGAUGAGUGUUCCCGUUGGUGCUGUUGGUUGACAGUAGGUAUGGUGAUUGAGCUGAACAGUGCUGCUGAGUUCUCUGAUGUGUAGUCCCAAACCUGGUCGAGCAAAUUAUUUUUACAAAUGAAUUGCUGCUUGGUUGCAGGACGUGUGUCCUAUCAGUGAGGCCACAUGUGUAUCUGGAGAGAUGGAUCGUUGUAAACACGUGGGACGCCUUCGUCUGGGCCACGACCAUUCCAUUCUCAAUCCUCAAAAAUGGCAGUGUGUGGAUUGCAGCACCACCGAUUCCGUGUGGGCAUGCCUAAAGUGUUCCCAUGUGGCCUGUGGACGUUUCAUGGAGGAGCACUCACUGAAACACUUUCAGGAGUCUCAGCACCCACUGGCUAUGGAGGUGCGUGAGCUGGAUGUUUUCUGUUUUGCCUGUGGAGACUAUGUACUCAAUGAUAAUGCAGAGGGAGACCUCAAACUCCUCAGAGGUGCACUCUCUACUGUUCGCAGCCCAGGUAGACGGUCCCUACGCUCAUCAACUGGAGGGGAUUGUACCCCCUGGGUUGGGGAAAGUGGGUCACAGCCUGGCAUGCAGUUGGCCUCACGCCACAGGAGGAAAGCUCUCUUAGGGAAGAUGUUGAGGAGGUGGAUGAGCAAACAUCAGGAGCUGCAGAAUCAGCGCGAAGAGAAACUUGAGGAAGCUAGAAGACAAAAGAAAGAGGUGAAAAGGAGACUCAUGGAAGAGCUUGGUAAUGUUCCUCCCAGAAAGAGUGCUAGGCUUCUUACUCAGGCGCCACGUUCAACCAUCACACUCAUUCCUCGCAAAUUUCGCGACCCUCCAGAACGCCUACCUCCUCCUCCCAAGAAGCCUUCCUUAAUGCCCCUGUCUCCUAAGGCCCCUCAGAAUGGCAGAGCUGCUAAACUGAGGAGGUAUUAUUCCACACAUGCCGCAACACGACAGAGACUGGCUCCAGGUGUCACUGGUCUGCGCAACUUGGGGAACACAUGCUAUAUGAACUCAAUAUUGCAAGUGCUGAGCCACCUGCAGAAAUUCAGGGAGUGUUUUCUCACUUUGGACCUCUGUGAGACUGAGGAGUUGCUGGCUAAGACCAAUCAUUCACAGGACAUGAAGGGUGUAACAGGAGGUGUAGUCAGCAGUGGUGACACAGCAAUGACUGGAUGCCCUCUCGGACGCGUGGGGAAGGCAGCCAGUUGGAAUUUGCCAGUGGAUAAAAAAGAAAGCACCCCACUUCCCCCUGCGCAGGCUGCGGAGUUGGUCCAGCCCAAAGAGCCUCGCUGCUCUACUCGCCAGCAGAUGUCUCUGUGCCAUGAGUUGCAUACACUUUUCAGGGUCAUGUGGUCAGGCCGGUGGUCUUUGGUAUCUCCUUUUGCCAUGCUACACUCUGUGUGGAACCUCAUCCCAGCGUUCCGUGGGUAUGACCAGCAGGAUGCCCAGGAGUUCUUGUGUGAGCUGCUGGAUAAAGUUCAGCAGGAGCUGGACACAGAAGGGUCCAAACGAAGGAUAGUUAUCCCCAUCACCAAGAGGAAACUUUCCAAGCAAGUGCUAAAGGUUCUUAACACCAUCUUUCAUGGGCAGCUACUCAGCCAGGUGACAUGUCUGUCUUGUAAGCACAAGUCUAACACAGUUGAGCCAUUCUGGGAUUUGUCUUUGGAGUUUCCAGAGCGUUAUCACAGCAUCAAUAAAAGCUCAGGCUCUACAGCUUACCAGCGCAGCUGCACCCUCACUGAGAUGCUGUCCAAGUUUACGGAGAUGGAGGCUCUUGAAGGCAGCAUCUAUGCCUGCAACCACUGCAACAAAAGAAGACGGAAAACAUCCCACAAACCCUUAGUUCUGUCAGAGGCACGUAAGCAGCUUCUGAUCUACCGUUUACCUCAGGUUCUACGGCUGCACCUCAAACGCUUCAGAUGGUCGGGGCGGAACCACAGGGAGAAAAUCGGCGUCCAUGUGGCCUUUGACCAGGUUCUGAACAUCAAACCUUACUGCUGCACAGGCUCAGGUCACUCCGUCCACAGAGGAGGCUACAUCUACGAUCUGUCUGCUGUAGUCAUGCAUCAUGGCAAAGGCUUCGGCUCAGGGCACUACACCGCAUACUGCUACAACACAGAAGGAGGUUUCUGGGUCCACUGUAAUGACUCUGAGAUGAAGGUUUGCAGUGUGGAGGAAGUGUGCAACACUCAGGCCUAUAUUCUCUUUUAUACCCAGAGGUCUGCCUAGGUACUGUACCUCUCGCUGUGAUGUCGACCUGAACAUGGAAACUUUAGACUGCAUUUAUGAAAAUGUUCUCUGGUGUGUUCCCAGGUGUUAUUAAAUCAUUACUUUGAAAUGAUUUACUAAAAAAAGAUGGCAAUGAGGGCAAUGGGACAGCUAUGAGCAUCAGUCAAGGCGUAGUAGCAUAAUCUAAAAGAGAAAGAAAAAUCAGAGGUGUACAUUCUGUAAUUUGAAAGGAAAGGAUUUAAACAGAGGGAAAACUAAAUGAGGUCAUGAUUUUAUUUUUUUUUGAGUAAAUCAAAUCAGAAACAUUUUUAUAAAUGUGGUCACAGGUUUCUCAGCCUGUGGGACCAGCACAUUGGUUUAUGGCCUGAAGACUGUGGGAGCAUUACAGACUGUGUCCUGCUGAACACCAAUCUGUGUGUCCAUGUUUUUAUAAACACCCAGGCGCUCUUUUCAGACAGCAUUUUACAUCUGAAGGCAGCAUGGAUUCUGGAGUUCAGAGCAUUUUCUCGUAAUCAUGUUGUUGGUGUGCUCUUUACAUAUAACAGUACAUUUUAUCCCAGUGCACUAAAUAUUCUAAGGGGUACAUCUGCCAACAUGAUUGCAUAGAUUUUGAUAUUACAGCCUCAAGUCCAGUCUCUUUGUUGCCUCCUGUUCAACUUUUUUAAUUCUUGUGAAAUGUCAGUUGUGGAGACUUUUUAUACUCAUCCCUGUGUCAUAUGUUUCAAUCUAUCCUCUCCUCAACUGUACUGCUGUGACUGAAUACUGUGUCUUAGGCUUGAAGCCUCUGCCCUUUGCUCUCAGUGAACAGGAAGUGUUUUUGUUUUUAGAUAUAUUUUUUAACAUUUCACUUUUGUGGAAAAAAAGUGUGAGUUUUUGACACUUAUUAGAGAAUGAUUUGGUGGGAAAGCUGCACUUUUGAGGAGGGGCUAAUACUGUUUGUCCUAUUUUUGUGAUUGUUUAUCUUUUAGCUCCUGUAAGUUCUUUAAAUGGCAGCUCUCGCUGUGGUGGGACAGUUAGAGUAGUCUGAGCCCAGGCUGGACACCCGGCCCCUGCUUUUUUCCUGCAGGAGGUCAGAGAUGAGUUAAAGGGCAGACUGCAGAACUGACGAAUGUGUUUUGGGCAGACUUGGGUUACCCAUUUUAAGUUGAGCACCUGAAAGCAAUAUAUUGUACAUCUUGCAUCUUGACAGGUAAUUAAGAUAAAAUCAGGAAUUCUUCUGCUUGUUAUACAACGUUUUUUUUUCUACUCUGCUGUUUCUAUCAAGGUCUUUAGAAUUUGCUAGGUAAUCCAGAAAACCUGUUGUGUUUGAUACGAGUCAAAUGCAAAUUACAUUUGUGAACUCUAUGUAAAAGUUGGAACAAUCUAAUGACGGUGAAUGUCUUACUUUUUAGUGGUCAGGCGUGGCCAUGCCACUGAUUCCCUUGAGUUCUGUCUUGUAAUGUAAGAAUACCUGUCAUAAAUGUAAUAGUCCUAUGGGUUUUGCCUGACGGUAAUUAUUAAAAAGACAAAUGUGAAAUGUU